CUGAAACCCACUCACUAUUUCAAUUUAGAAAUGUAUUAUUGGUUGUCUUCAAAUGGCUUGUAUAUCAGUGAUUUUAGCGGUAACGUAACUACUCGUCUUUAUCUAUGAACGUAACCUAAGAAUGUUUGUUGUCAGUUCGGCAGCAUUUUAGUUCGUAUUAUCGUUUCGUUUAUGCUUUAAAACUAAUAUAUAAAUACAUAAAACUAUAUAGCAAGUAAUAAGUAGAAGCCAGUGCUCUUUUGCUCAUCAUGUCUGUGAAUCUUGAGAAGAAUAUUACUGCACCAACAGUUCAACAGAUUCAGACUGAUCGUUUAACUCAGUUGGCUGAAAAAUAUUGGGCACCCCAUUCUGAACAGAAGCACGAGCAAUUUAAUCCUGAUGUUAUUGAAGAUAUUUACAUGCAGGAUAUUCGAGGCAGCAACUUUUCCAUCAGGCGAAUCAUGGUUCUGGAAUUUAGCCAGUACCUUGAAAAUUUUCUAUGGCCAAAUUACAAGCCGGGAGCAUCAGUCGCUCACAUUUUAUCCAUCGUCAUAAUGGUUAAUGAGAAGUUCAGAGAAAGAGUGCAAGUUUGGCAGGCAUUCAGGAAAGACAGCGAAUUCUUCCCGGAUUUUUUCCAAAGAGUUCUCGAAUCGUGCCUGGAAGAUGAGCUCCUCAUCAAUAUCAGGGAACAAACAGCCUUAUUGAUUUUUCUAAAUCACUGUUUUAAUAGUAUGGAAGAAGCAAUUUGUCGUGAUCAAGUGAAGCGACUUGUCUCCCUGUCCAUGUGGAUCUCACUGCAACCAAGUCGUCGCGAACAUGAAUUCAAGCUGAAUCCCAGAUGGAAAAAGUUCUGGCGAGCAAUUCAGCGAAAAGACAAACCAGAUCAGUUGGAGAAACUGACGUGGGAAAGAACGUUUCUGCAGAAACUCAUGCUGAAAUUUCUAUUGGUUCUGGAUAGUAUCGGGGAAGCAGGAAUUUGCCCUCCAGAUAAGGUUCACUAUUGUGAGCGCUUUCUCGAACUGGUUAUCGACCUGGAAGCCUUACUGCCCACCAGGCGGUUCUUCAACACUGUCUUAGAUGAUUGCCAUGUUGUCGUCAGGUGUUGGUUAUCUGGACUUAUUAAGCGACCAGAGGGGCAUCUGUUCAGCCAGCUACUUGAGAUGCUGAAAUUCUACACACGAUUUGAAAUCAGUGACGAAACAGGCGAUCCCCUGAGCGAUCAUGAUAUGACCCAGCUGCAUUAUAUUAAAAUUACUUCGCUUCAGAAAGCUGCCUUUGCAAAAUUUCCAGAGCUGCGCGCUUUUUCUUUGGCCAAUGUCGCUAACGUUGAUACAAGGAAAGCGCUGGAAAAACAUUUUGGACCUUUAAGUUGCGACCAAUUAAAAGCUAUAGCAACUUACCUUUGCUUGGUACCGCCUGCAGGUCAAGAAGAAAACUACAAAUGGUGCAGAUUAGACGAAUCCUUCUUAAGGGAACUGCUUGUGUCUCGACAUGAAAAACGAGUCUCCCAACUAGUGGCUUUAAAUGAAAUGCCCCUUUAUCCUACAGAGGCGAUCAUUUGGGAUGAAAACAUCGUCCCAACCGCCUAUUUCUCAGGAGAAGGUUGCUUGGCCUUACCCAAGCUAAAUAUGCAGUUCCUCACACUGCAUGACUAUCUUUUGAGAAAUUUUAAUUUGUUUAGACUGGAGUCGACAUACGAAAUCAGGCAAGAUAUCGAAGAUGCUGUGAGCAGGCUGUGUCCUUGGAAAGCCGAAGAUGGAAGCACAUAUUGGGGAGGCUGGGCCCGCAUGGCUCAUCCCAUUGAACAUUUCGCUGUAGUUGAAGUAGCUAAACCUAACAUAGGUGAAACUAGACCUAGCAGAGUGCGGGCAGAUGUCACAGUUAAUUUGUCUGUAAAAUCGGAGGUAAAAGUCGAAUGGGAAAAUCUGCGGAAGCACGACGUGUGUUUCCUUGUCACUGUAAAGCCACUGAAUCCCAUUGGUACUAGAUAUAAUUAUAAGGAGCCGUUUGUGCCACAAGUCGGACUUCGUUGUGUUCGCGGAUGCGAAAUCGAAGGCAUGUUGGACAGCAAUGGACGAGUAAUAGAAGAUGGUCCCGACCCAAAACCUGUCCUACCAGGUGAUCGACGAACAUUUAGAGUCUGGCUCGAUUGCAAUCAGUACAGAGAAGACAUGAGCGAAGCGAAUAAAGGCAAAGACGAUGUAUAUGAAGGCUUUAACAUCAUUAUCAGAAGAAAGCCCAAAGAAAACAAUUUUAAAGCCGUAUUGGAAACUAUCAGGGAAUUAAUGAAUACUGAGUGCGUGGUCCCCGAAUGGCUCCACAACAUAAUCUUGGGCUAUGGAGAUCCGAGUGCAGCGCAUUACGAAAAAAUGGAAGGUCAAAUUUCAACGUUGGAUUAUAAUGAUACAUUCAUCGAUGCAGACCAUCUGCGGUCCUGCUUUCCGGAGUAUCAAAUUAAAAUCAAGACUGAUGAUCCGAAGAAACUAGUUCGACCGUUCCGUUUAACGUUCGAGAAUUUGGGCUCGCAGCCCGCGGAAGAGAAAGCCAAAAUAAUCGUCGUCGAACCCCAUAAAAUUGACAGGAGGGGACCGUUUCUUUUUAAUGAACCGAAAAAGAAUAUUAUCCCAUUUACACCCUCGCAAGUGGAAGCCAUCAAGUCGGGCAUGCAGCCAGGAUUAACUUUGGUGGUCGGUCCUCCCGGUACCGGAAAAACCGACGUGGCUGUUCAGAUCAUUUCCAAUUUAUACCACAACUUUCCCAAUCAACGCACUCUGAUCGUUACCCACUCCAAUCAGGCCCUUAAUCAACUGUUCGACAAAAUCGUAGGCUUGGAUAUAGACGAAAGGCAUCUGCUUCGUUUGGGGCAUGGAGAAGAAGCUUUGGAGACGGAAAAAGACUUUAGCAGAUACGGUAGGGUGAACUACGUGUUAGCAAAACGUAUCGAUCUUCUGAAUGAAGUGCAGAAACUCCAAGAGUCUCUGGAUGUUGAAGGAGAUCAAGCAUACACUUGCGAAACUGCGGGUUAUUUUUAUUUAUACCAAAUCUUGUCCCGAUGGGAACAUUUCCAAAGCAUCGUCAAGCCUAAGAGUGGAAAUGGCGUUCCAGUAGAAGCAAUAUCCAAAGAAUUUCCAUUCCACAGGUUUUUCAACAACGCACCCCAACCACUUUUCCAAGGCGUUUCUUACGAGGCUGACUUGGAAGUGGCGGAAAGUUGUUUCCGUUAUAUCGACCACAUUUUCAAGGAAUUGGAAGAAUUUAGGGCGUUCGAAUUGCUUAGAUCCGGUCUGGACCGGUCGAAAUACCUCCUGGUAAAAGAAGCAAAAAUCAUUGCCAUGACUUGCACACACGCAGCAUUGAAACGGAAAGAACUUGUGGAAAUUGGCUUCAAAUAUGACAACAUCCUAAUGGAAGAAUCAGCUCAGAUUCUGGAAAUCGAAACAUUUAUACCUCUGCUACUGCAGAAUCCCCAAGACGGGUAUAAUCGCCUAAAACGGUGGAUUAUGAUCGGAGACCAUCACCAACUGCCGCCAGUAAUAAAAAACAUGGCAUUUCAGAAAUAUUCAAACAUGGAACAGAGUUUGUUUACGAGAUUGGUGAGAUUGGGAGUACCAACUGUGGAUUUGGAUGGGCAAGGGCGUGCGAGACCCAGCAUUUGCAACCUGUACAAGUGGCGUUACAAGCAAUUGGGAAAUUUGGGUCACGUGGAGAACUGGCCGGAAUAUAAGCGGGCAAAUGCAGGAUUUGCUUUCGAUUUUCAACUGAUCGAUGUCCAAGAUUUUAAUGGUGUGGGAGAAUCUGAACCCAAUCCAUACUUUUACCAGAAUUUGGCCGAGGCCGAGUAUUGCGUAGCUGUCUUCAUGUUCAUGAGACUAAUUGGAUAUCCAGCCAGCAAAAUCACGAUACUGACCACUUAUAACGGCCAAAAACAUUUGAUUCGAGAUGUAAUCAAUGCAAGAUGUGCGAAAAAUCCUUUAAUUGGCAGGCCACAUAAGGUUACGACCGUGGAUAAAUACCAGGGCCAGCAAAAUGACUACAUUCUUCUUUCACUGGUGAAGACCAAUGCUGUAGGGCAUUUAAGAGAUGUUAGGCGACUCGUGGUGGCGAUGUCUCGAGCUCGACUAGGACUUUACAUAUUUGCUCGAGUUGCCUUGUUCCAGAAUUGCUUCGAACUCACCCCAGCAUUUGAACAGUUAACAACCAGACCCACGAAGUUACACCUGGUUUUAAAUGAGCUAUACCCAACGCAUCGCCUUAGCAAUGAAAAACCGGACAAUCAAAUUAUGGUUGUAGAAGAUAUGACCCAUAUAGCCAAUUUUGUUUAUCAGUAUUAUAUGGAGCGAGUUAAAGUCAUGCGAACCCAAUACGAGGACACUCAAAAGCAAUUUCAAGAACCAGGCAGUUUAGAACAAAAGUCCCAUGAUGGCCUAAUCGCAUCACAUCCCGGUGAAGAAAGGGAUACUGACAGUGAGGAUGAACAGGAAGCAACAGGUCAACUACCUAUACCGAUUCAGGAUGAAGUGCAGCCUCCAAAAGAAUCACCAAUGGAAAUUAUACCUGUGGAACAGCCGGAUGAUGAUAUGAAAGAUGAGACUACGGCAAGUGAAACUAUGGAUACUGGGGAAGUUGCUAAUGACGAGUGAGGUGUUUAAAGUAUAGAAAUAUGAAUAAAAGAACUGUACCAAUAA